UACGAAAUUACAUAAUAGCCCCUUUCUUUGUUCUUCUGAUUUCCCCUUCUGUUCCUUCGUUUGUUGAGCGCCUUUGUCUUCUUCUUCUUCUGAACUCUGCUGCUGUAAAAAAUAGAAAUUCAUUAUGGUGGCCACUGCUGCUACUUCUUCAUUUUUCCCUGUUACUUCGUCCUUGCCAGACUCUGGUGGCAACAAACAUGGUGGUGGGAAUGCGAACCUUGGUGGCCUUAAAUCUAAACAGGCUUCGUCUGGUGGCUUGCAAGUGAAGGCAAAUGCCCAUGCCCCUCCAAAAAUUAAUGGAACUGCAGUUUCUACAUCUGUAGAAAAGUUGAAGCACGAGGAUAUUUUGCCUUCGUCUUCGCAUUCCCCUAGGACUUUUAUCAACCAGUUACCUGACUGGAGCAUGCUUCUUGCUGCUAUCACAACAAUUUUCUUGGCAGCAGAAAAGCAAUGGAUGAUGCUUGAUUGGAAGCCAAGGCGAUCUGAUAUGUCUGACAUGCUUAUUGACCCCUUUGGUAUAGGCAAAAUUGUUCAGGAUGGUCUUGUGUUCAGUGAGAACUUUUCAAUUAGAUCAUAUGAAAUUGGUGCGGAUCGAACAGCGUCUAUAGACACAAUAAUGAAUCAUUUGCAGGAAACUGCACUAAAUCAUGUUAAGACUGCUGGGCUUCUUGGCGAUGGCUUUGGUUCUACGCAUGAAAUGUGCAAAAAGAACUUGAUAUGGGUAGUUACACGGAUGCAGGUUGUUGUUGAUCGUUAUCCUGUGUGGGGAGAUGUUGUUCAAGUAGAAACUUGGGUUUCUGCAUCGGGAAAGAAUGGUAUGCGUCGUGAUUGGCUUUUACGGGACUACAACACUGGUGAAAUAUUGACGAGAGCCUCUAGUGUUUGGGUCAUGAUGAAUAAAAUUACCAGAAAGCUGUCCAAAAUUCCAGAAGAAGUCAGAGGGGAGAUAGGAUCUUAUUUUGUAGAAUCUGCUCCGAUUCUGGAAGAGGAUGAGAGAAAACUAACUAAACUUGAUGACAAUACAGCGGAUUAUAUCCGCUCAGGUUUAAGUCCUAGAUGGAGCGACCUUGAUGUCAAUCAGCAUGUUAACAAUGUGAAGUACAUUGGCUGGAUUCUGGAGAGUGCUCCACAGGCAAUCUUGGAGAGUCACGAGCUUUGUGCUAUAAAUUUGGAGUAUAGGAGGGAGUGUGGCAAGGACAGUGUUCUCCAAUCCCUGACUGCAGUUUCUGAUGCUGGUGUUGGCAAUCUAGCUCACAGCGGGCACAUUGAGUGCAAGCAUUUGCUUCGACUCGAAGAUGGUGCUGAAAUUGUGAGAGGUAGGACUAAGUGGAGGCCCAAACCUGUGAACAACUUUGAUAUUGUGAAUCAUGUUCCAGCAGAAAGCCCCUAAGGUUUUGAACGGUUCAUGGUUGGAGUUGCAACAGUCUCCUUCCUAUGGUUAAACUGGUUGAAACCUCUGGAUAGUUUUGCUUGUGUUUGUCCAAUCCACAUGUCUUUAAAUAUACCUUCUAAUUUGUGUUGCUUUGGUGGGUAAGUGGGGAAAGUACCAUAAAUCUCAUUCUCAUUGUAAUUAGCUCCUGCUCUACUCUAUCUCUCUCUGCUUCUCCAAAUUUCAUUUCUUUUCUGGGUUGCUUUACUGCUAGGCUGUCUGUCUUCAAUAUUUAGUUGCUUGAUUAAAAUGGGUAGGCAUGUAUAUUAUUAUCAUUAUUAUUUUAUUAUUAUUAUUAUGAUUAUUAUUAUUAUUUUCUCUAGGCCCUUCUAAAGAUGCAAUUUCCUUGUCAACACAGCACAAUAAUUAUUAGCCUGUAGGCAAAAAUGGUUUUUCUGUC